GUUGCUGCAGCACUAAUAGUUGGCAGCACGGAAGGCAGUACAAAGAGUACAACUGGAGGCACUUGCAGUUGCAACAACAGCUUCCUUAGAGGCUGUGGCAUGCUCAGUGAGCUACAGGGGCACUCUGACACGUCCAGCUACUAUGUCGAGAAGUAGGAAUUCCAGCAGGCUUUAAGGUACAGAUACAGGCUACUAGCUGAAAGGUGUAACAGCAUAGCUCAGGCUGGCUGAAGACCAGUACUCAUGCUGCUGUGUAAACAAAACAAGAUCUUAGUAUCAAGAUGGCCGACCUGGAAGUCUACUUGUAGCUUAUAAUACUUAUGCAAAUGAGCUGCAUGUCAGUGGCUUACUCAGAGGAGGAAGCUCAUUUUGCACGUGCCAUCUUCUCACCAGUUUGUAAAUUUCUGACAACUUAAUCGAAAUUGCUAUUGAGGAUUUCAACUGAAAACUGCAUUUUAUGAACCACUACUUAAAAGGGCUAAGAUGGAUAGCACAGAGGAGCCUCAGAAAAAAGUCUUUAAAGCACGAAAAACAAUGAGAGUAAGUGAUCGGCAACAACUUGAAGCUGUCUAUAAGGUUAAAGAGGAGCUGUUGAAGACAACUGAAGUGAAACUGUUAAAUGGAAAGCAUGAGAAUGGAGAUUCUGACAUAAAUUCCCUUUUAAGCAAUACAGAUUGUACAGAAGUCAAGAAAGAAAUUAAUGGAGUGGUUGACUUGUGUGUUAACUCUGAAGAAGGCCAAACAGCUUGUGAUGAAAUUAGUGAAACCAAAUGCCCUGAAAGUAAGGCAGGAAGCAUAGUCAAUGACAUAGAAUCCAAACCUCUAAUGCUUUCUUCAGAAAAUGUUACUCCUGAGCAAGCUAAAGAUACUGACAUCACAGUAAAAUGUGAGGCUGAAAAUGGAGUUGGUAGCAGUAAAGAUAACUUCCAUGAAGAAAUUAAUAGAAAAGAUCAUUUGGAACAAAGAAAGAAUGAUAUCCCAUUGGAAGGUGAAAGUAAAUCAGUCUGUGAUAUUAGUGACUCUUCUGAAGAGAAGGGAGAAACAAAUUAUUUACCUGUGAAUUCCAGUUCAUCUGGUGAGGAAAAGAGGACUGAAGAAGUAACUGUUGAAGAGGUUGUUGGGGAAGCAGCCAUCUCUAGCAGUAUGGAAGCUGACCAGGAAAAACAAGAAGGCAGUGCAGGACUUUCAGAAACCACUGUUUCGAAGACAAUAGAUGAGCCAAAUGACAGUAUCUUGGACAAUACGGACUGUAUGGAAACAGAUGACAUUAUUCCAAUUCUGGAAAAACUAGCUCCUGCUGAAGAUGAUCUGAGCUGUUUUUCUAAAAGUUCUCUGCUUCCAGUGGAUGACACAGUCCCAGAUUUAGAAGAAAAAAUAGACAAUUGCUUGGGUUCGCCAUCCAAACAGGAAAGCAAUGAAAGUCUGCCAAAAGAGGCUUUCUUAGUACUGUCUGAUGAAGACGAGCCCUGUGAUGAGAAGGAGGAACUUGUCGAAGGGAUACUGCUAAACAAGUCAAGUCUUCCAGAAGAGGUGGAGGGGGAGAGAAAAAAGGAGUGUGAAGAUAAAGAAGGAGAAAAAGCCCACAAAGAAGAAGAGAAACAAAUAGAAAAAAGUGAAGCAACAAAGAGAAAGCGUUCCAAAUCUGAGGACAUGGACAAUGUUCAUUCUAAACAUCGUCGGUACAUGGGAGAAGAUUAUGAAGCAGAAGUCCAAGUCAAAAUUACAGCCAGAAAGGAUGUUGACCUAAAAUUACAAAAGAUUAUCCAGAGACUUUUAGAAGAAAAACUUACCGCUUUACAGUGUGCAGUAUUUGAUAAGACUCUGGCAGACUUGAAAACCCGAAUGGAGAAAGUAGAAUGCAACAAGAGGCAUAAAACUGUGCUUACUGAAAUGCAGGCUAAAAUUGCAAGAUUGACAAAGCGGGUUGGAGCAGCUAAGGAGGACUUGAAGAAGAGACAGGAAAAUGUGGCAAAUGCACCUGUAUCUCCAGGGAAAGCAGCACCCGACACUGCAAAUGGAAACAAUGCCACAUAUCGAAAUGCUGGCACAGUAAGGCAAAUGCUGGAGUCAAAGAGGAAUGUAGGAGAGAGCACACCAGCAACUUUUCAAGCCCCUGUGAAUCCAGUGCCUGCUUCCAGUCUUGCUGCUUCUCCAGCAGUUGUCAGUGGACAUCCUAAGCUUCAGACUCCAGUGUCCUCCACCAGCUCUUUGACAACAGCAGUACUUCCCACAGCUAACACGGCUACGGUUGUAGGCACUAACCAAGUGCCCACUGGCAGCGCUCCGUCAGUGUCUGUCUCAUUGCAGUCUUUGCCUGUAAUCCUGCAUGUACCUGUGGCAGUGUCAUCCCAGACUCAGCUUCUGCAAGGCCAUACAGGGACUUUGGUCUCUAACCAGCCGUCAGGCAAUGUGGAAUUUAUAUCUGUACAAAACUCAUCUACAGUUGGUAGCCUUACCAAAACUACAGUGUCUUUGGCAUCAACUAACACAACUAAACCAAAUAAUAUCCCACACGUGCCCAGUCCUGGUAUUCUAAGGAACUCUACAGCCAGUGCUGGGUCAAUAGGCACAACGUUGGCAGUACAGGCUGUUCCUACUACACAUCCUGUUGCCCAGACCACAAGGACUUCUCUGCCUACAGUGGGUACUCCCGGACUUUAUAAUGCGACUGCCAGUCGAGCGCCCCUACAGAUGAAGAUUCCUCUCCCUGCAUUUAGUAGUACAGCUCCUACUGAGCCACCCACCAUUACAGCAUCCAAGAUCGAAAACCAGACAAGCAGGCCACCAACAGAUACUUCGGCAAACAAGCGACCUGCUGAGGGAACAACACAGCAGUUGAAACAGGAAGAGACUCCAUCAGAAAAUAAAGAAGGAGUAGAAGCAGCACAGACGAAUUUUAACUUCCCUGAGGAUGUCCUCUUUGGCUUGGAGGAAGACGAAGAGGAUGCUAAGAGCAUCAAAAACACCCACAAGCAGACUGGCUGGGCAGCUAACCUAUUAAAACAGUGGCUGGCCAAAAAUGGCAAGGAUCCUAGCUUUGAAUUGGUCCCAGUAAGUGAACUCAAUGAUAUCCUAAGAGAGUUUUAUUACACAAUAAGAAAUCAUGAUGGAAAUACCUACAGUGUGGCAAGCUACAAGUCAAUGCGUGCUGGCUUAAACCGGCAUCUCAAAAUGCCACCUUAUAAUCGUCAGAUUUGCUUAAUGAAGGACAAAGAGUUUGCCAGUGCGAACAUGGUGUUCAUGAGCGUGCUGAAGAUGCUGCGCAUGCAGGGAAAGGAUGAGACUCACCACCAUCCUCCUAUAGCUGCUGAGGACUUGCGUAAGAUUAAGCAAUCUGGUGUGCUGGGUUUGCACAGUCCCCUGGCACUCGUCAACAAGGUGUGGUUUGAUUUGCAGUUGCAUUUUGCCAAGCGAGGGAGGGAAAUUCUAAGAGAUCUGGCUCCGGAUGCAUUUGUUGUUGAGAAGGACAAGAACGGACGUCGAUAUGCUAUGUUUAGAUAUCCUGGCAAAGGCAAAAAUGGAGAAGAUCCUCAAAAAAUGGGUAAAAUGUAUGAUAUGCCUGGGGACCCAAACUGUCCUGUAUUUUCCUUGGAACUUUAUUUGUCCAAGUUGCCUCCAGAACCCCCUGCAUUUUACCUGCACCCUCUAAAGCUAACGUCAGAGCAAAUGCAAGAACAGCCUGUUUGGUACAAAAGAGAGCCAAUGGGUGUGAACUACCUGGGUACCAUGAUGCCCAGGAUAAGUGUGGCAGCCAGACUCUCUCAGCGGUACACCAAUCAUUCUCUCCGAACUACCACCAUCCAGCUACUCUGUGAAGCAGGACUGGGGCCUAGGGAAAUAAUGGCAGUGACAGGCCAUCGCUCCGAGUCUGCAAUUAGGCACUACUGGGGAUCUGCAGAGGUUCGCUACAGGGCCUGGUCAGAUAUAAUGGAAAAUAAUGCCCCCAGUUAUCGAUCUAGCAAGAUCCCAAAUGAAGUGAUAAAAGAAUCAGUAUCUGGUGCAUCCACCUCAUCUGUAAAACAUGCUGUUCUAGAACAAAACAAAAUUUUAUUCCCUACAAAAUCUGUGGUGCCACCUGGCACUAACUCUGUGGCUUUAGUCCCUGAGGGACACCCAGCUAUGAAUUGCAAAAGCCCAGUCCUGUUGAACCACAGUUCGUCCAAAGUGUUUCUCCCCAACAGCAUGACAAGUGGGAAUCUAACUGCCAGUCCCCUUCAAGGCUGUUGUAGCAAACCUGUCUUUAUAAAGCGUGUGAUAAAACAAGAACCCAUGACUUGAUGCUUCUGUAAUAGAACUGAUUUCAGAUUAAUUGCUAAAAUGGAAAAAUUAUCAGAUUUGGCUUUUUACUUGGUCUACAAAGGAAAUUCCUUAUGGUCUUAUCCAGCAAGAAAUAUCCUGUUCGCACUCAAGAUGUGAGCUAUGGAGCAGAAAUUUAAACUGAGCAGGGCUUGGAGUUUGUGUGACUUUUUGUGGCAGCUGGGACUCUUUCAAGUGGCUGAGCAGUUACUUAAAAAACAUUAAAGGGAUAUAUUGAUUUGCACUUAGCUGAAGAUAUGCUUUCUUCACUAAGAGUGUGGCUUUUAUAUUUUGUGAAGAGUGUUAUUUAUCGUACCAUUUUGUGACUGCUGGCACUAAUGUAGCAUCUUACAAAUCAAAUACUUGAUUACUGAAGAGCAGCAAGAAAGUAGAAGCUGAAUGAAAUAGACACAGAUGCACUACAGAUAUAUACGUGCACAUGAAAACACCUGGAAUUGCUUAACCGCUGUCACCCUCUGUUCAAAUUGUUAUCAGACCUACCAGAGGACCGUGCCUUUGUUUCCUUUUUUUUUUAAGCCUCCUUCUAAAUUGAUUUUCUCUGUGAGCUGCAGAUUGCAUUGCAGGUCUUUCCUUUUCCUAUUUAGUAUUUUUGGCUUAAGAUUCCAGUCAUUCUGUUCUCCAAGGGCACUAUUGAUACGUGUGGUGUUAAAAUUGGAGUCUUUUUGGUUGUGCAUGAAAUGCAGAAAACAUUCUCAAAAGAGCUGAAAACCAUUUCUUGCUUAAAUGCCAGGUUAUUAGUGUUUGUGUUGUCUCUGUGCCUAACUUGUGAGAGGGAGGGGUUUUUUUUGUAUUUCCUCUCACCAACCCCCCCUUCAUUACAUGUCACAUCAUCUUUGUACUUUAGUCUUUACCAGUAUAUAUAAUAAACAAGAAGUACAUCUUGUUCUUCCCCACUGAACCAAAUAUUGUUUUUGGUUUUAACUUCUUCAGAUCAGUAAACUGGUCCUGUCAUUAUCUUUUCCCUGGAUUUUUACAGGUUAGAAAUUAUCAGCAUAGUGGAUGUGAAUAAUUUUCAUCAUAGAUUCUGACAAGAGACCUUCCAGUAAAUAAAAAUAUAAAACUGGUUAUAGAAUUACAGAUUAUGGUUGGUUCACUUUGGAAGAAGAAACAGUGUAGCAUUUCAAACUGUUUUCCGUAUAUUAACAAUGAAAUAGAAAUUGCUUUGUUCUUUUCAAAUGUGUGUACACAGAUGCAUUUCACAUGGUUUAUCACACUAAGGACUUUACUUAAAGUGUUGAUGUUGCUCAACAAUAGACAAAAUAGGGAAAAGUCCCAUCUGAAAUGACAAAUUGACCAUGAUAAACUCUUAAUUCUGUGGAGAACUUUCUUGCUAGGAUAGGCUUUCAAAUUUUGAAUGAGAUUUAUCACUCUCUUAUAGUGUAAGUUGAUAUAGACACUAUGAUAGUUUGCACAGAGGACUUGAUGCCUGAAUUUUGGCACUUUUAUCUUGGCUGAUAAUAUUUACUUGUGGCCUUGCAUUGAUUAUUCAUACUUAGUACGUCAGUUUUCCAAAGUGUUAGACCAACACAGUGCUCCAUUUUCUAAUGGAUUAUGAAAAAGGUUUUAAAAGCUCUUUAGUGAUCUUAAACUCAUCUAUGGUUGACAUAGUUGAUCAGAUGUAAUUGUUAAUGAGAAAUUACUUCUACACAGUUCUGCUUCCUUAGUAGGAACGUUAAUUCGUGACAUAAAUGACUAGAGGAAAGAAAGCAUGGGUCACUUUGUCAAGCCUAAAGUAGAUCAGUUAGAGAUGGUCAAGAAAGUGAUCCUUUCUAGUGGCAAGAAGAAAAAUGAAAAAAACAAAGGGCAAACAGUUCUCAAAAUAUAGGAGAACUGUGCAGUAACUUAUUCUAGUAUCUUUUAGGGUAACAUAUAAUUUGAAAUUUUAGGGAUUCAUAGAAUUAGUAACUCAGCAAAACUGGUAAAAUUAAUCUCAAAAUUUAAUCUAAAUUUCCACCAGGAUGGGUAGGCAUUACUGCCCCCCCUAAACAAAAUGUUUCCAUCAUUGUCUCAGGUAGUUGCUUCUUCCAGCAUAUUGACAUUGAACAGAAACAAGAAAAGUGUGUUGCCAGAUGAUUCUGUGUUCCCUCUUGCUGCAUGCUGUGGUCAUACUGACCACAUGCCCUGCUCUGGUUCUAACUGCAUCUGGGUGACUUAGUGCAACAGCAAAUUGCUGAUGGCUUCAUUCUUCAACACAAACCUAGCUGGUGAUUAAAAUAGAAAAAGGGACUCUCUUGGCCAGUCUUGGCAUGUCUCUCAUUCUUUCUGAUGAUCAUUUGGCUUCUAACUUGAUUUCCAUUCUGUUGGCUUAUAACUGGGUAUUUUUGAAUUCUCACUUGUUAAAUUCUAAUUCUGUUGGCACCAGCUAUACAGUGUCCUCUUUCUACAUUCAGUUUGAACCUGAUAUUUCAAAGCUACUGACUGCAGUACUAAUACCUUGAACCAAAUGCAUGUUUUGCAGCUUUUGUAAGGUCAGUUUUGGCUAUGAGCACAGUGAUAAGGGGAGCCAAGUUUCAAGUCAGUGCUGUUCAUGGCAGUACAGGUUAUGUAUGCUGUGUGAACAUAAAGAGUUCUAUCAAAAUGGACAUGAAUUGUACUCCUCAGUUGCAGUAUCAGCAGAGAACCUCAAAACAGCAGGAUAACAGUUUUUGGUUUUUUUCCCAUUAUUUUUCUCCUAUAAGUGAACCUGUUUGGUGAACCAACAGGUUAAAUAUAGUUUGUUUGUCUAAACUUAGAUUUCUACUUUGGCUGCAAACUUAAUGCAAAAUCACCAAUAAUCAUUUAAAAUUCACUUUAAAAAUUUAAAUAUAACAGAUAUUCUUUGAAAGAAGUUGAUUUUCUAUGAUUCUUGAGUUUUCUAAUUAGAUCGUCUCCUAAAAUAAGACUGUUUAAUUUCAGUUGCUGAAAAAUCCCUAAAAAGCAAAGCAACCAACCAAAAACACCCAACCAGAAAAACUGCAAAAAAAAAAAAAAACCCAACACUUAGUCACUAAAUUAAUAUUGACUGCUAUGUUAUUGAUUAAAUUCCAUUUUCUUUGAUGGAGAUGACCCUGAAAACAGCAGAGAAUAACUGGUUCCUUAUAUAAUGCUUCAUAAAUUUAGGUAUUUUGCAUAUAGUUUUCAUAAUUCAGAUUUUAUGCUAGUGUUGUGAAUACAGAACUUGUUUUCCCUGUGUUUUCCUGUUAAGUUUGGAAAUCUCAGCUGUUACUUUAAGGGGUACUCUAAUUACUUUUUGUUUUUAUGAGGUUGGCAUGGUAUCUUAAAGUAUGUUAAAUUUUCUUUGCUUAUAUGCACCUUCUCUAUACCAUGUGAAGAGCUCCACUGUGCACAGUGUUGAAUACCCGAAGGCAUUGGAAAGAUGCUUUGAAAUUGAAUUUGUUCUUGUGGCUGUAGCCUAGUGCCUCUGGUUAUCCUGAACUGAACUGCUUGUCAGUGGUUGCUAAAGUUUUCAGUAUGCAGCUUGGAUGUACAAUUUUCUUGUAUGACUGUUUCUUCUUUUCAGCCUUUCUCUCUGUUUCUUGUUCCAAAAGGAGUGGCUGCAGGGAUGUGGAAGGGAACAUAUUACUACUUGUCUUAGUUUUUCAUCUUCAGCUGUACACAGAAAUUUAAGGGUUGUUAUUUGGUCCCAGUCAUUUUACCAAUGGCCAUUGCAGUGCCUCGGGUCCUUGAGAUGCAUUUCUGAAGACAUGACAAGCACCUUUACUGCACUGGGGCAAAUGUUAUUGUUACAGAGGCAAAGGCAUUUUUAAUUAUAUAGCAAAUCUUUAGAAUGGUUUAAAAGUAUUUUAGUAUGAAUCCCAGUUAUAGAUACAGGAUUUAUAUAUAUUAUAUAUAAUAUAUAAAUAUAGCUACGGUAUACUGAGAGAAUCUAUAAAAGCUGUUUUAUUACACUGUAACAUAAAGUAACAGUGAACAAAUCUUAACAGGGUUUGAUGUGUUGAAAACGUCUGGCAUAAGUCAAUCUUGAAGAUAUGUUUGCAUUAUAUUUAUUAAAACACCAGGUCAGAUGAAUAGUCAGUUUUUUCCUGUUCCCUACUUCAUGUGCGACUUAUCCUCUUAAGGAGCAAGUCAUUUUUUAGUCUAAAUUUCAUCUGUGCAUUUCAUUUUACAGCUACUACUAGUUUAUUAAGUAAAAGUCCACUAUUGUCCUACUCAUUUCCCAUUGUUUCUGACAUCCUUGAUUUCUUUGGUUGAACUACAGUUUCAUUUAAACUAUUUUACUGACUAUUGGAAAUUCAUUUGAUAAAACAUUAAUAAAGUAUAUUUGUAACUCCUAUCUCAUUACUCUGCAAUGUGUAACAAACUUUGUGGGUGUCUCUUAGAAUAUAAUGUGAGCAAAGUGUAUAUGUCAGCUUACAAUUUAUAAGCAGCUAUUAAUUCUAUGUUGUUGAAGCAUUAGUUAUGAAUAUGUUGCCUUGCAUUUCAUGGUUUUGUCACUCAAAAUAAACAUAUAUAGUUAUAUAUGUAAAA